UAAGGAAUUGUGGCCAGGAGCUGAGCUUCAAUUCUCUAGCUCUCUUAUGGCCAACCCAACAAAACUGUUAAGAAGAGUCAGUGAAUGAACAGAUGUAUAUUUAUAAGUUACAAAAGAAGAAAAAAAAAAAUGUAAAUUCCAAUGCGUAUAUGUAAUCAAUAUAUUCAUUAAUAUUAUAAGGUGGGUGACGCAUUUCUUUACCAUCUUUUAAAAAUUAAAGGAUAUGUUAUUAAUAAGAUGGAUGGUCACAUGGCCAAAUUAACCCUAACUUGUCCUGAUUAGCCUAUUGCCACCCUUAACUUCCAUGAGACACACUUAUUAGCCUUUUACAUCAGCCAUUUGAGUCCAUAUAUUAUAAUACUUUAAUUAUACAAGUUCAGGGGUCAAUUUGUGCAUUUGUUCAAAUUUUUCAGAGGCUUCAUUACAUAUAUGAAUGCAAAAAUAAUUUGGAUUUUGGUGACAAAUAUUAUAUUUAUCCAAUUCCAUUUGUUGGCUAAAUUAUCUCCUACGGUUGUUAGCUUUUCUUUCUUGUUUCUUUUUUUUCAGAAAAAUUCCCCAACUUUUUUUUUAAUUUUAUUUUUUUAAAAAAGUUAUUUAUGAUUUCAUCCUAAAAUUUGUACAUAUUACUACAAAGGCACGUUGAAGGUGUUUCUUGUGACCUUCAUAUGUAUAAUAGUCAUAGAUUAAACAUUUUGACUUAGUCGCAUUGAAUAUUUGUAGUCAUUAUUUCAAACUAUAACAUCUAGAAUUAAUACCAGCAUAAGGCCAAUAUGUUCUUGCAGCUGAUUGAAAUUUCUUCAAGAAAACCUCCAUUGAUUCUCUGUCACAUUUCCUCAAGUCUCCCCUAUUUUAAUCUAUCAACCUCCAUUGAUGCUCACAAAUUUCUUUUGUGGGUCUGCUUAAUCAUCAUAUAACUAAUUCAACCAUCGUUUGCGGGUUAAUUUGUUUAACUACAAGUGUUAUCCUUUCAGCUGUUGCAGAACAACUUGACCUUGCAUUAAUGAUUACCGAAUGGACAAAACCCAUCCUGGUAAUCCUUUCCUGCUUCAUGCUUCUUUUGGGGUCUUCAUGGUCAGUGACGGACACAUUACUACAAGGCCAGAAGCUAAAAGAUGGGGAUCAAUUGGUUUCAGCUUCAGGAAUCUUCUUGUUAAGAUUUUUCAGGAGCGACAAGCAUUACCUAGGAAUAUGGUACAACAUGACUGAUGAACAGGAAAGUAUAAACGAGUUCGAACUGUCAUCGAAGGUUGUCUGGGUUGCCAACAGGAACAACCCAAUCGUGGACAAGUCAGGAAUUCUUACAAUAGGCCGAGAUGGAAAUUUGAAGAUUUCAUAUGGUAGUGGCGGAGAUAAUAUUUCUUUAACUUCAGUCCAAAAGUCAGGUAACAAUACUAACAUAACUGCUACUUUGCUUGAUUCUGGUAAUCUUGUGCUGCGCGAAUUAUAUACGAAUAGAUCUGCAAGUCGCUUGCUGUGGCAAAGUUUUGAUUAUCCUACACAUGCACUUUUUCCUGGAAUGAAGAUUGGAAUCAACCUGCAAACUGGGCAUAGUUGGUCUCUAACAUCAUGGAUUAAUACUCAGUCACCAGCUAUAGGCUCUUUUACCUUUGGAAUGGAUCGUAAUGGCAUGAAUCAAUUGAUAAUCUGGUGGGCAGGGGAUGUGUACUGGAUUAGUGGGAAUUGGGUAGAUGGUGGUUUCAAAUUCUGGCACAUGUUAUCUGCGCAGGAAGGAUAUCAUUUUCGCUAUUUUUCUAAUGAGAAUGAAACAUAUUUUACUUAUAAUGCAAGCGAGAAUGCUAAAUAUUUUCCAAUGUUAUGGAUUAAUGAUUUUGGUCUAAGCUCAUCUUUUGCAAGACCAUUGAUCUCGUGCAGAAGUCAAUAUGAUUACAUGAAUACAAUUGGAUGUGUUCAGAGUCGUCCAAUCUGCCCGAAGAAAGCUACUGAGUUUGAGUAUGAAACUGCGGCUGUUUCUGGCGAUUCAUUCAAGUUCAAUGAAAGUGAUCAUUUGAGUUUGGAUGAUUGUCUUGAAAAAUGCUUGAGGAAUUGUUCUUGUGUUGCGUAUUCGCCCACAAAUGAGAUUGAUGGAACUGGCUGUGAGAUUUGGAGCAAAGUCACCAUUGAAUCAUCUGCAGACGGAAGACACUGGCGGCCUGUUUUCGUCCUCAAAUCAGAAGAAAAGAAAUGGGUUUGGUGGUUAGUUAUAGCUGCAGCAGGAUCUCUGAUUAUAACCCUCUUGUUAUUCUCAUGCUAUCUGUUAUGGAGAAAAUUUAAGGAAGCUGUUAUGACCCCAGUGUUGUCUAAAUUUAAGGAAGCUGUUAUGAUCACAAUGUGGUCUAAAUUUAAGGAAUCUGUGAUCCCAAUGUGGUCUAAAUUUAAGGAAGCUGUGAUCCCAAUGUGGUCUAAAUUUAAGGAAGCUGUUUUCCUCCCAAUGUGGUUUAAAUUAAAGGAAACUGUUGUGAUCCCAAUGUGGUCUGCGACUAGCUACUGGCUGGCGAAUCCUGAACAUCUACUGCAGUUACUGAGAAACUACAAGGAAAAACUCAUGCCAUUCUGGAGAAAAUACAAGGAGAUAUUGAAGCAGUAUCUUCAAUCAAUGAAGAAAACUGACACUGAUAAAGAAAUGCUUCUACAUGAACUGGGUAUGGAUGCAAAUUACACACCUAAUACACAUGAAAAGAGUAGCCAUGAAUUGCAGUUUUUCAAGUUUGAAACUGUAGCAUCAGCAACAAACAAUUUUGCCUCUACCAAUAAGCUCGGACAAGGAGGAUAUGGACCUGUUUAUAAGGGAAAAUUACCAGAUGGUCAAGAAGUAGCAAUGAAAAGACUUUCAACAAACUCCCGACAAGGAUCAGUUGAGUUUGGGAAUGAAAUAAAAGUAAUUGCCAAACUGCAACACAAUAAUCUUGUCAGGCUUGUAGGUUGCUGCAUUGAGAAAGAAGAAAAAAUACUCAUCUACGAGUACAUGCCUAACAAAAGCCUUGAUUUGUUCCUGUUUGAUCCUAUAGAUAAAAAUGUCCUAGACUGGAGAAAACGGUUCAACAUAAUUGAAGGGAUUAUUCAAGGGCUUCUUUACCUACAUAAAUAUUCAAGGUUGAAAAUAAUACACAGAGAUUUGAAGGCUGGCAACAUUUUGCUUGAUAGCAAGAUGAAUCCAAAAAUAUCAGAUUUUGGCAUGGCAAGGAUAUUUGGAUCAGAAGAAACAAAAGCAAACACUAACACAGUUGUUGGAACAUAUUUCAACUGCAGUGGCUAUAUGUCUCCAGAGUAUGCAAUGGAGGGCAUUUUCUCAACAAAGUCAGAUGUGUUCAGUUUUGGAGUCUUGUUGCUGGAAAUUGUUAGUGGCAAGAAGAACAAUAGUUUCCAAUACUCUGAUGGUCCACUCAGUCUCAUAGCAUAUGCAUGGAAUUUAUGGAUAGAAGAGAGAGUUUUGGAGCUGACUGAUCCAAUAAUUGGUGACCCAGAUCAGACUGAAGUGUUAAGAUGCAUUCAUAUAGGUCUCUUAUGUGUGCAAGAGAACCCAAUGGAUCGGCCCAGCAUGCUAGAUGUUACAUCUAUGAUAUACAAUGAAGCUAAUCAACUGCCUUCUCCGAACCAACCUGCAUUUUACUAUAGGAAGAACUUUCAGUAUACAGAGAUUUUAGAGCAGAAGCAGGACUGCUUGUCACAAAAUGGUGUAUCAAUCAGUGAGAUGGAAGCAAGAUAAAAGAGGAGAAAUCUUUUUCUUUUUUUGUGAACAAGGGAGAAAUCAUCUUCAUCAAUAUAGAUUAUACACAACAUGUCAACACUCAACAGGGCUGCUAAUCAUGUACUGAAUGAUAAUGAUUGAUUAAUAUACAAUAUUUCAGAGUCAAGAUUUCUGAUACAA